AUGUUCUCAUUUCUGAAAAAGAGAAAAAUUAAAAAAUCUGAACCAAUUAUAAGUGAAAACAAGGAAAAUCAUGCAUAUGACUAUUCAUUAUCUCUUGUAUCACCCGAAACACAUGACAAAAAUCUCGCAAACGAUAAUAUUCAUAUUGAUGUUACUCAAAAUCCAUCGAGUAAAUCUUUAAUUUCAUAUGAUGAUUCAAACGAAGCAAGUCCCCGUGAUCUAUCAAGUACAUCACAUCCACAUCGAACCGCUCUUACACAUACAAUAGGUACAGUAACACCGAGUCAAAUAGGCAGAAGUGAUCUAAACCGAAUAUUGACAUCUGGCUAUUUGAAUGGCGAAGAAAAUAUGGGUUAUAUGAAAAGAGGCGGUAGUGAUCAUAUAGCUUCAUGCACAAAAUCACCACAAUUUCAUAGACCAGUUGGAUUUUCAUACAAUCGAACACAAAAAUUUUCAGUUCCUGGUACUAAAAAAGGAAUGAAAGCUUUAGUUACUGCACAAACUAAAGUGCGUAAAGUUCAUUGUUCUACAUCACCUUCAGUGGCAACAUUGUCGGAUCAUGAAAAUAAAAUUGAAGAAGAGCCUAUUAUUCUAUCUCGAUAUUCAGGCGGUUUUAUACCUGAUCCAGCAGCUCCGAAAAAAAUCGAAUCCCUUGAUUGGCCGGCGCCUAUCGCUAUGCAAGCUGUACCGGAACUAAUGAAAUCCUAUCGAAGUCGAAGUGAAUCACGUGCGAAUCCUAAUGAAAUAAUUCAAAGAAUUUCGAUUAGUGACGAACAAAUAAUUUCAAGCGAAAAUACCGAUCCAGAUUAUGAUGAUGAUCAAUUACGUGUUGAUCAAAAAUUAGAAAAAGAUAUCGAUAUUAUGUCCAAAAUAAAAGAAUCGUCUGGCAUGGCUCAUGCAUUGCUUGAAAAUUUGCGUAUACAAGAAAAAAUUAUAUCACGGCAAUUACCACUUGAUCCAUGGAAAGCAUCACGUUCGCCGUCAGCAGCUAUUGAACCACCCCGACGUUGUCGUUUUGAAUCACCAACAUUUGCUUCGCCAUCACGACGUGUGCAUACACACUCAUCAUCGAUGACUAAUCAGGAUGAUAGUCUCGCUGGUCUAUCAGCGUCAAUGUCGACAACACCGGCUAUUACAAAAAAUAUUCUUUUACCAAGAUAUCAACAACAACAUGAAAUAUUAGUUUUAAGGCCUGAUGAUAACAGUUUACCAUCACUGAAAGCUCAAACAUUGCCUAAUCGACUUGACAUACAGAGAAAUUGUGAUAUAGAAUCAACAACAAAUUCAUGUUAUUCAAAUGAUAGAGAUCAAGAUAAGUCAGUAAAGACAGUUGAUGUCGAGGGUCGAUAUACACAUUCAACCCAUUCUGCUCCAGCUUUAAUGAGUAAUCCAAAGAUUUAUGCGUAUGAAGACUUAAAAAUUCUUUUGAAAAAACGAUUGCCAUCAGAUGUCGAUCGAGAUCACCUUGAACGUCAUCUAUCCAAUGAUGAAUUUCAUUCAUUAUUUCAAAUGUCACGAUCAGAAUUUUAUAACUUACCAGAAUGGCGACGUGUCGAUCUGAAGAAACGUUGGAAACUCUUUUGA